UUAAAUAUACUAUUUAAAUCAGCAUAACUAAAACAAUAUUAAACGGCAAUCUGGUCAAAUUUGAACUUUCGUUCAAGAUUUGCAUUUUGCAAUAAUAAUAUAAUUUUCACCAGGGAUGGUGCUAACGAGGAAUGGAGAAAAAGUGAUUUUUUUCCCAGUUAAUUUAUUUAGGCACUUAUGUAUUUUGUUGAAAUUUAACCCUAGCAUAAUAAUGUGAAUCCACAAUACUUGAUGUUUUGCAGACAUGGAUUUUGUAGAGAUUCAAUUCCAUUUUUGUGGUGGUAAAUGUCAUAUUGUACUGUUAUGCACAAGGGAUGAGUCACAGACGAUAGCUGUAUUCUGAACUACAAAUACAAAGACCACAAAGAGCUCAGCAACUUUAAGCAAACUAAAAUAUUAAUGUGCCAUCGACGACACAGAAGCCACACUGCAAGGCAAUGAGCAAUUAGAGUGCGAAACGGUUGUUGAAUGCAAACCACACCGUAAAAAAAGCGCAGCAACUCGUAAUUUGUUGGUGUGUGCAAGGGGAAAUGUAAAAUGAUGCACAUUCCUCGUUAAUGAUGUUUGUUGUGGACGCUUCCUCUUCAGCCAGUCUGAAUUCAGGCUGCGCAUAUUCUGGUCUUCGUAAUGUCUUUCUUAUACAGCGCGUACAGUCUGUACAUUCCUAGGGUCGUCAACCUGAAAGGCACGCAGACGGGAUGUGUAUAAAGACCUUUCAUCGAACUGGUGAGACUACACUGAUUUGGACCACCUCCACUUCUGAAGUAGCAUCACGGUAGCAUCACACCAGAGGGAAGUCCUAUCAACAUGCAAAUCUAGACUCACAAGACAGGGCACAGUCGGAGACGCUCAGUCGGUGAGUGAACAGUGACUUCAGGAAAGAGGAGGCUCGGAUCAUCAGCAAAACGGCUAAAUAUCUUUAAAAACACAAUGGGAUUUCAAAUUUGCCUCACCGAAUUUUUUCUUGGCUUCUGCAACUAUGAGACGCCAAUGAAAAUAGUUGUUAAAAACACAACCCUUGGAAUCAUUUAUAGAGGGGUACAGUUUCUGGUGAUGACUUAUUUCUUAUGGUAUGUCUUCAUUAGCCAGAAGGCCUACCAAGAGAUUGAGACCCGGCCUGAGAGCUCAGUCUACACCGAGAUGAGGGGUGUAGGACUGCUGAAUGACUCAGUGAAGGAUGAGGUGGAGUACGUCAGACCAUCAGAGGGUGGUGAUGUCAUCAGCGCCAUCCUACGCAGAGAGGUGACGCACGACCAGGUACAGGGGGUGUGCCCAGAGGAUAUAUCUCUUCCCAGUGCCAGAUGUGGCAAGGACUCCGACUGCGUUGCAGGAGAGGUUGACUUCGACGGCAACGGCCCGAGAACGGGGCGCUGCGUGCCCUAUUACAACCAGUCCAUCCGCAAGACCUGUGAGAUCAAGUCCUGGUGUCCCAUCGAGAAAUUUGCAGCUGUCCGGGAGCCGCCGCUGCUGGUAGCUGAGAACUUCACCGUCUUCAUCAAGAACUCCAUCCACUUUCCCAAAUUCAAAGUGCUGAGAACAAACCUCCUGAAGAAGAGGAGAUAUUUGAACAAGUGUACCUACGAUGAGAAGCAUCUCGACUGUCCUAACUUCCGGCUAGGAUACAUUGCGGACCAGUCCGGGGUAAAAUUCAGUGAACUGUGCGACACGGGAGGGAUCAUCGGCGUCUUCAUCAACUGGAAAUGCGACUUCGACCUGGACCCGUCCGAAUGCAAGCCCAUCUACUCUUUCCGACGGCUCAACGUGUACAAGAACUCUCCGGACUCCGGCUACAAUUACAUGUAUGCCAAGUUUUAUAGCAGGGAUGGACAAGAGUCUCGGACCCUUAUCAGAGCGUAUGGGAUUCGCCUGGAUAUCAUUGUCCAUGGAGAGGCUGGGAAAUUUGCUAUCAUUCCGACCAUCAUCAACAUGGUGGCAGCCAUAUCAUCCGUGGGAAUUUGCUCUAUGAUUUGUGACUGGGUCCUGCUGACCUUCAUUGACAAGAAUGAGAUCUACAGUCAGAAGAUGUUUGAUGAAAUUUCUCAAGACAAAAUCGAGGGGACCAUUCCGACGACGGCGACCGAGCUCACCAUCACGACCUAUGGCUCCACCCAUUCGGACCUGUCUGAUGGCGUGCCACUUUGACCCCGCCCCACCCCACCACCCCCCACACAGAGAUCUGAGGCAAGAGGCGGGGGCACUCCAAACAGUGGGAGAGGGCACGGACAGUACUGCGUUUGUCACUGGAGUUUACGUCACCAUGCUGGUUCCACGGAAGUGGGCAACAGGGGCAUUAUGAAGCCUUCAGACGUGUGACUCUGCGGGGUGGGGUGGGGGGGGGGGGUAAAUCUAGCCCCUGAGGGGCCAGAGAACAGAAAGCCCACUUCAAGUGCUCACUUUGGAUAAAUAUCCCCCCCUUAAGGCAGUGCUGUGUGACUAACCGAGAGGCUGAAGGAAGCCUUACAGAAGCCUUUAUUGCAUCUGCAAAAAAAAAAUACAUGCAAACCGUUUCAAACAGUUCCCCGUGCUGCAAGGCCAUUUAAAAUGUCAAUCCUUAAUUUUUCAGUUUGGGUGGGUUUGACGACAUCUUUGGUGACUGGCGGUCACAAGUUUGUUUUCAUGCUCCAAAUCCCAGAGUUCCUUUUGAAAUGAAGCUAUACCCCCCCCCC